GACACCACCCGGGGGGGGCAGGCUGAGCAGAGGGGGGUGCGGGGCGCGAUCGGCGGAGGGGUCGGGGUACCGCAAAGAUCCUGGGCUCAGCUUCCUGGUCAGGGCUCCUCACCACCUGUCCCUUCUGUGGCGCGGACUGCGGAUACCUCAACGCUCAGUACUCUGUGCUCAGUCAAGACCCAGAGCCAUGGCUAACUCCUCUUCCUCCUGGGAAAUGCCCCUGGUUGCUGUGUGCCAGGUAACAUCCACACCAGACAAGCAGCAGAACUUUAAAGCUUGUGCUGAGCUGGUUCGAGAGGCUGCCCGAUUGGGUGCUUGCCUGGCUUUCCUGCCAGAGGCAUUUGACUUCAUUGCACGGGACCCCGCGGAGACUCUACACCUGUCUGAGCCGCUGGGAGGGACCCUUUUGGGAGAAUAUGCCCAGCUUGCCAGGGAAUGUGGACUCUGGCUGUCCUUGGGCGGGUUCCACGAACGUGGCCACGACUGGGAGCAGACGCAGAAAAUCUACAAUUGCCAUGUGCUCCUGGACAGCGAGGGGUCAGUAGUGGCCACUUACAGGAAGACACACCUGUGUGAUGUGGAGAUUCCAGGGCAGGGGCCGAUGCGCGAGAGCAACUCCACCAUGCCUGGGCCCAGGCUCGAGCUGCCCGUCAGGACACCAGCGGGCCGGGUCGGUCUGGCUAUCUGCUAUGACAUGCGGUUCCCUGAACUCUCUCUGGCACUGGCUCAGGCUGGAGCAGAAAUACUUACCUACCCCUCGGCUUUCGGGUCUGUGACAGGUCCGGCCCACUGGGAGGUGCUGCUGCGGGCCCGUGCCAUCGAAACCCAGUGCUACGUCGUGGCAGCAGCUCAGUGUGGACGCCAUCACGAGAAGAGAGCGAGUUAUGGCCACAGCAUGGUGGUGGACCCCUGGGGAACGGUGGUGGCCUGCUGCUCUGAGGGACCAGGCCUCUGCCUUGCCCGAAUCGACCUUGGUUACCUGCGACAGCUGCGCCAACACCUGCCUGUGUUCCAGCACCGCAGGCCUGACCUCUAUGGCAACCUAGGUCGCCCCCUGUGAGCUGGCGCUGCUGCACGGUGUAGGUGGGACGCAGGCGCACCGCCCCUCACUGGGAGGACCGCGACCCUUCCGAAGGAGCGCAGGCUCAGCUUCUUGGGAAAGUAGGAAGUCACCUAAGCUCAGAUUUUAGUUUCAAAAAGGUGGAAUUUUAUACAGUCACUGUUUAUUUCAUGAAAACUGAAAUUAUGCUGAGGGCUGAGCAGCACUAGCAUUGAAAAAAAUAUAAUCAUCAUAAAGUCUGUGUCUGGACACCUCCUUUGGGAGCUGAAGGAGGAGAUGGUGUUGUGCCCGCUGGACUUGGCCCCGGUUCUAGGCCGCUGGCUCAUCAACACGCCUCCUCCCCAGAUGAAAGUGCAACACUCAGUGCAUGUGGACGGGGAAGGACAAAGAGGGCCGACACCGAAUCACUUCGCUUUCCCCUGGACGCCCUUUGCCCGAGCCAGAAGCAAGCAGGGGGAGGGCUGCAGGGCACCUCACUCACUUCCACUUGCUCGGGGAAAGCAAGUGGCAUGCGCCCCCUCCCCUCUUCAGGGGGAGUGUUUGCGCCUCAGCACCCCCAUCCCCCCAGCGUGUGCACACACGCCUGGCUGGGAGGCUGACCAGGCUGAUCCAGCUCACCCAUCCUCCGGGAAGAGGGUUAGGCCGGGGGAGAGGCGGGGCUGAGCCCGGAAAGGGAGGGAAUGGGGCAGAGAGGAGCAGCACCAGAGGCCAGGAGAGAGUGGAAAGGGCCACAGCUUCUUUUUAAAAAAACUCUAUAAUUUGGGAGAGGAUGGUGAUUAAUUUCCAAAAGACACUUCGGUCUCACCUUCCACACAACACAGCUUCCUUACUCACAGCCCUUUAGCGAGUCAGACGGACAUGUGAGAGCCCCUCAGGGCACCGGACGCAGCCUUCGCUCCGGCCCCUUGCACACACUGUCCUACGGACUUGGCUCCUCCCUGCACACCUGUCUCGGGGCCGGGGCGAGGUGGCUGCAGACUCAUCGGGCUGAGUGGGAAGGGACACGGGAAGCCCAGGCACAUGGGUGCAGGGAGGGGUGGGGGACACCACUUCCAUUUUCCUUUGUCUUUUCCUUAAAAAAAAAAAAA